UACCAGGCUACAUAUGACAAUAGAGCAUACGUUGAAACAUAAAACAUUCCAUGUUUAAAAGAGACACAAACACCGAUCAAUCCGGUCCAAUGGAACAACCACUGGACGUGGAAGAGGAACCCUCGAAAAAGAGGGGAAUUCUUCUACGUGUGGUCCAUAUACUUUUUCACAUUCUGUUGAUUUCGUAUUUCAUAGCCGCAACAGUUGUUUACAUUACAUAUGACAGGAACACCAGCAAAUGUAUUAGUCCGAGCAGCACAGACGAUCCGGCGUCCUCGAAUAAUACAGCGAAUGCAACAGAGAGUAACAGCGGCCUAGACGAUGAAGAUGAACCAAAAUUUAAGCCGUUUAUACUAUGCAAAAUGAACUGGUGCCAUGGCUACGGAUUUCUCGUAUUUUUCUUUGUAAUUUUCUAUAUACUUUGGCUGUACUACUGGGUCUUCAAGCCGUUUAUCGGCCAAAAAUUGUAUGACAAUAAGAUCGAUCCGGCCCUCGACAAGUGGAUUGAGUUCAGUCGCCGAAGGAUAAUCUCCAUGAUAAUGCUGCUCAUUAUUAUCGUCCUGGCUUUGGCCUAUCUGGUAUUCGAAUGCCGCGACGACAUGAACAAAUUGGUGGGACUUGCAGGACCGGUGUGUUUCUUACUCAUUGGAUUCGCCGUAUCAAAGCACCACAAGGCCAUUCCAUGGCGGAUCGUUACGCAUGGCAUAUUGGGACAGCUGGUGCUGGGCAUUUUGUGCCUCCGCUUGGCCUUUGGUCGAGACGUGUUCGACUGUGCUGGCGAGAAGGUAACCAUUUUCCUGAAUUUUGCCAGCCACGGAGCCCGUUUCGUCUAUGGCGAUCGCAUUUGCGACGAGUUCGUGUUUGCCUUUGCCAUACUGGCGGUGAUAUUCUUCUUCAGCGUGGUCACCUCCUGCCUGUACUAUCUGGGCGUGAUGCAGUUCUUCCUGGGCGCGUUCGGGUUCCUGCUGCAGUCGAUGGUCGGCACCACUGUCUGCGAGAGCGUCAAUGCGGCCGGCAAUGUUUUCCUAGGCAUGUCGGAGAGUCCCCUGCUAAUCCGGCCGUACAUCGAUGUACUCACGAAGAGUGAGUUGCACACGAUCUGCACCUCGGGCUAUGCCACAGUGGCGGGAACAGUGCUGGGCGCCUACAUUUCCUUUGGCGCGUCGCCAGCCCAUCUCAUCGCGGCCAGUGUGAUGGCUGCUCCGGCAUCACUGGCGUUCUCCAAGCUCUUCUACCCGGAGAUUGAGGAGUCCCGAACCAGGUCGGAAAAUAUCCAGCUGGAGAAAUCGCCGGACAGUUCCAUCCUGGAUGCAGCAAUCAGCGGCGCUUCAGCCGCUCUGAUGAUUGUCCUGGGUAUUGUCUCGAACAUUAUUGCCUUCCUUGCGAUCGUUUACUUCUUCAGUGCCGCCAUCGAGUGGAUGUUUGAGAUGCUUGGCCAGGAUGAGAUCACAUUGCUGUAUUUGCUCAGUAAGAUGUUCGUCCCGCUGGUGUUCAUCAUGGGCGUGCCCCACUAUGACUGUGAUCGAAUUGGACUUGUGGUGGCCGAGAAGACCUUCAUCAAUGAGUUCGUGGCCUACAAGCACCUGGGCGAAUUGAUCGAAGAAAACAAAGUUGAUAGUCGCAGCGCUGCCAUCGCUACAUUCGCCCUCUGCGGCUUCGCCAAUCCGGGUUCCCUGGGCAUUCUAAUAGCAGCUCUGAGCGCCAUGGCACCAGCUAGGCGCACGGACAUAACGCGAGUGGCGGUGCGCGCCUUCUUCGCUGGCAGUUUUGUCAGCUAUACAUCGGCAUCGAUUGCGGGUAUUCUACUUCAAGAACGUGAUCUUCGUACUAUAAGCCACAAAUUCUCGCGCUUUGUGGAAUCCCAUAUGACCGAAAAUACCAUGGAACACCAGAUGCUGAAUGUAUAACAAUGAUAUCAAUGUUCGAGGACUAUUCAUUUAAGCUUAUCAACAAUCUACCACAUUCAGAAUGUUACGCAACUUAUCGACGACUUUCUUCACCUGCUCUCUAUCCGCAGCAUCCAAGCCGGCUGCACUCUGGCCCAGCUGCAGCGAACUGUCGUAGAGUUCCCUUACGAUUUCCUUGGGUGUGCUCUCAAUCCGCUUACGCUUCAGACCCUGCGCUUUACAGUGGUGCUUCAUCUCGCGGUUGUAGCUUGAUUUAGUCAACACUUUACAGUUUCUGUCCGCUGUUGCGGUGGGCCCCGGCGAUGGUUUCUGCCGCAAUGUUUCCAGCAGAGGCAGCCACUCUUUAUCUA